GCGGGCUCAGCGCUGCCAGGGCCGCGCGUUCUCCGGCCGGGGCCGGGGCGCUGACGGCCGCCUCCCGCCGCGCCGUUACUCAGCACAGCCGGCGUCCCCACACCUCACCGACCCGGCAGUCGGGAGAGCGCGGGGCCGCCGAGCGGAGCGCCAGGUGCAGACUAGAAGAUGAAUAAUCUUUCCUUUAGUGAACUGUGUUGCCUGUUCUGUUGUCCACCAUGUCCAGGGAAAAUUGCCUCCAAACUGGCAUUCUUACCUCCUGAUCCCACAUACACACUGAUGUGUGAUGAGAGUGGUAGUCGCUGGACUUUACAUCUCUCAGAGCGAGCAGACUGGCAAUAUUCUUCUAGAGAAAAAGAUGCCAUUGAGUGCUUCAUGACUAGAACAUGUAAAGGCAACAGGAUUGCCUGUAUGUUUGUGCGUUGCUCACCUAAUGCCAAGUACACUUUGCUCUUCUCACAUGGAAAUGCUGUUGACCUGGGUCAGAUGAGCAGCUUUUAUAUAGGACUGGGUUCACGGAUCAAUUGCAACAUAUUCUCCUAUGAUUAUUCUGGAUAUGGUGCAAGUUCUGGGAAGCCAACAGAGAAGAAUUUGUAUGCUGAUAUUGAUGCUGCUUGGGUGGCUCUUAGGACAAGAUAUGGAAUUCGCCCUGAAAAUGUGAUUAUAUAUGGCCAGAGUAUAGGAACGGUGCCAUCUGUGGAUCUUGCUGCUAGGUAUGAAAGUGCUGCUGUAAUUCUUCAUUCUCCACUGACCUCAGGAAUGAGAGUAGCUUUUCCUGAUACGAAGAGGACGUAUUGCUUCGAUGCAUUCCCAAACAUUGACAAAAUUUCUAAAAUAACAUCUCCUGUCUUAAUAAUCCAUGGAACUGAAGAUGAAGUCAUUGACUUUUCACAUGGCCUGGCAUUAUUUGAGCGCUGCCAGAGACCUGUAGAACCACUGUGGGUAGAAGGAGCGGGCCAUAAUGAUGUGGAACUCUAUGGACAGUACCUUGAAAGAUUAAAACAAUUUGUGUCACAGGAACUGGUGAACUUGUAACUUUCAUUGUGUAUUUACAUGUUUUUUUCAUUUCACUGCAGAACUGCGCGCCUUGAUAAAUAUGUAACUUAAAACCUGAAUGUUGUGUUUUCAAAUCAUCUCGGUUGCCUUCAUUAAAUUUACAGGUAAUGAUUUGUCAACAUAAUUAAUGAAGGUUUUAAUGCCAGCAUUAUAAACUGGAAUUACAUCAUCAUACAGUCAGACUUGGCAGUUCAUAUUUCUUUGUGUCAGGUUUUUUUCUUCUUAGAUGUUAAGAAAAAAAAUCACAAUGAGUACUGUAAGAAAAUUUAAUUAUAUAAAACCAAAUGCUGUAAAAGUGUUGCCAAGUGCUUUAGCAUAUCAAAAACAAGUUUAUAAAUAUUUUUUAAACAUCUCAAGGUGUACUGUGACUUACUCUGUUGCACAGGUGUAAUUAAAAAACAAACUUUAAAGUAGUUCUUCUGUGAAAACGUAAUAGCCAUGAAAUUUGAGCAAAUACUAAUGUAUGUAAUAAGAAUAAACAGUCACUGGAAAUUACUCAUGCCCUGUUAUAGGGAGAAGCGGGCAAAAUAGAUAUCUUUUUCCGUAUUUUUAAUUUCUUUUGUGCUUAGUUUUCCUUGAGUUGUUUUGUAGUCAUGUUGUCCCUUAGCUUUCAGAAUAAUAAAAUGUACCCACUCAUGUGCUCAGGAGUCCUAAUCUUGCCAAAAUAGCGCCACGAGUUAUCAUUGUUGUAAUGCAAAUAUCAUUCACAUGAUUGCUACUGAGGCCACAAAAUACCUCUUUGAAACCAGUAAGACUUUUAAAACCUAGAAGACUUCUUGAACACUGAUUUUCUAGAACCACAAUGUGUCUUUAAGAGGAACUUUGAAGUUCAUUGUAAAAAACCGUUUGCAACUUAGCAAUUAACUGAUUUGGCUUAAUUUUGGAUGUUUAGUGUAAAAGCUUAUUUUUUUGAGUAUUGUAUUGAUAUUUUACUAAUCAGGCCUGGGUGGGGUGGGAGGAGUGGCAAGAAGAGAAUAUUGACAUUUUUCUAUUAACUCAUGGUAAAACAAAACUUAAGUUGCCUUUCCCUUGAAUGCAUUUUGCGUGAAUGACACUAUGAAAAAUAAACUUAAUUAUAUGUAGCCUAAUUGUAAACAAAAUAAUAUUCCAAAAAUACACACUGUGCUUUUAAGGCCUUAUGUAGUUUAAUUGUUCUGCUUGGGGUUUUUUUUGUGAUUGAGACUCUUGUAUACUUAAAUGUAGCUUUGAGUAUUAUGAAAACUUUGGUUAAGAUGUGUUGAUUAACAGUAAACAAUAUUCACACACUUGCAUUUCUUCCUUUUUCUUUUUAUUCAAAGAAAUAGCAGCAGUUGCUUGUAGUAUCAAAAUACUUAGCAACUCCCCAUUUUUCAAAGAAAUCUGACAUCUAAAGCAAUAACUGAUUGUUCUGAAUUUCUUUAUCAGCAGCUACUGUUCUGAUCACCCUCCCACCCUAAUGCCUCACCUUACUACACUUGAGCUUCCUGCUGCAAAGCUGCUUCUAAACUUUUUUUCUGUAAUGAAUUCUACUAUCUUCUUUGACAUGAAAAGGAAUUCUUGUCUUGUGCACAUUGGUGAGUUAAUUGAGCAGAAAGAAAUUUGUUCUCAAGCAGCUUGGUUAAUGUCUUCUUUGAUUUUUUGAUCAAUGAUGCUUUAGAGAGCUCUAAAAUUCAGAGUAUAUUCAGGAACAACAACAUUACGCUUGUAGAUUUUCUUCCUAGUUCAAGACUUGCGGAUACAGGUGUGUCACUCAGCUUUAUUACAUCAUAUUUAAUGAGGUAAUAGUUUGAUUUCCUUUUCUUACUACCUUCUAGCCACUAUCUCCGAUGGAAAUCAUUAUGGUUAAAUGUUUAAGUGCUUUCUUUGUGAUAAAUGAAGCCUGUUUUGAGAUUCACCUUCAGGAAUUCACAAAUAAAGAGUGUGGAAGUGCAGUGUUAAGUGAUACACAUUGGGUGUAUUUUGGUUGCCUGCCCAUUGCAGGCAAAUGAUCAGCUGCCAUCACAAGAACUGAUUGUGCUUGGGGAUAUUAUGACACUCUGCAGUUGAAAAAGACAGAAAAGGUGUCAUAGCAGUUUUGCUGCUUUUGUUUCUGUGUUUUGUUGAAGCAGAACAAAAGAUCUAACAGUGUUUUGUCUUCAGUAUGUGCAGCUGUGCUGGAUUGCACUGGUGAGUAGAGAUUCUGGUCUCUUUUGCACCAUUUAUGCACGGUUAAUUAUUGCCGGUGGUGAUUUAUGUUUUAUACCUGUAUUAUUUCCGAUGAUUUGGAUACGUGAAGGAAUUUAAAAGGGUUUUAGGCUUAGCCUAGCCUGGUAGUGCAAAACUUGUUAGUGACAGAAAGCCACUCUAGGCUGUUGCAAUGAUGAGGAAAACAUCUGACAUCUUGAUUGUCUUAUCCUUAUACCAUAGUUUUGGUGAAAUUGACAAUGGGCUGUUGUUUAAUGUUACAGAUGUAAUUGUCUUCUGAUAAAUAAAGUUGAUUCAGCAUUCA